UUUGGGAACACUUCGUUUUUGGACCUCGGUUUUUCAAAACGGGUUUCAGCUGGCUAGACUUUAGCUGGGUGAUAAUCGAUUAUCACCUUAGUGACAAUCGACUAUCAGCCACUGCAGCUUUGAACUUCCAAGUUCUGAAGCACGCAAUAAUCGAUUAUCAGCUUUGCAAUAAUCGAUUAUCAGCCUUUGCAGCCAAAACCCAGAAUCUUCAGAGAGGACCAAUAAUCGAUUAUCACUUGUUGACAAUCGAUUAUCUGGAAUUCUGUAGAUGGAAAACAACAACACAAACAACCUCGCCCUGCGUUCCAUUCUGGAUAAAGAUAAAUUGAACGGAACAAACUUUGUUAACUGGCAACGCAAUCUCUCCAUUGUUCUCCGCAUGGAUGAGAAAGAGUAUGUGCUCGAAAAGCCCAUUCCUCAUGCCCCUCCCGCUAACGCCCCGAAAGCGAUUAAAGAUGCCUACGAGAAACACGUUAAGGAUGACAACCAGGUUAGCUGUGUCAUGCUGGCUACCAUGAUAACCAAGCUGCAAAAACAGCACGAGGACAUGAAGGCCCACGAGAUGAUCGUGCCUUGCGGCAGCUAUACCAGGGGCAAUCCAGGCCUGAACAAGGAGCUGGCAACGGACCUCAUCCUGCAAUCGCUCCCUAGGCUGUAUAAGGGUUUUGUCAUGAACUACAUGAUGCAUGGUCUUGACAAACCCCUUCCAAAGCUUCUUAAAAUGCUCCAGACUACAGAGGAGAACCUUACUAAGAGCAAGGGUGCUUCCGUCCUUAUGGUCCAAGGCGGAAAGGGGAAGCAGAAGAAGGGGAUUAAGGGACUGAAGCAGAGUAGACGGUUAGCUCGAGGCGAGAUUGAACUACGAGUCGGCAAUGGUGCACCUGUUGCAGCUUUGGCAAUCGGAACAUAUAGUUUAGUCUUUCCUAGUGGUCUAAUGAGGAAUCAAAGACUGCUUGACGCCAAGUCUGAUAAGUGUUUCUUCGUGGGAUACCCCAAGGAAACUCGAGGGUAUUCAUUCUAUCACCCUAUCGAUAAGAAGAUAUUCGUUGCUCGCAAUGGUGUCUUCCUCGAGAAGGAAUUUCUCUCCAACGCAACUAGUGGGAGAAAGAUAGAGCUCGAAGAAAUUCGAGACGACAAAGAAACUACCGCGCCGGUUCAGGAACAUGAGCUAGAGGAACAAACCAUUGUACCUCAAAAUGCUCAAGAUACACAAGAACCCCGUAGGUCUAACCGGUUACACACAAAACCUGAAAGGUAUGGAUUCAUCCUAACCUUUGAGGGUGACAUAAUGCUUAUCGACCAGGAUGAGCCGGAGACCUACCUCGUGGCAAUCAGUUCUCCCGAGGCUAAGGAAUGGCGUCAAGCCAUGCAGUCCGAAAUGGAUUCCAUGUACACCAACCAAACAAGGUCCUCGCUAGAUUCAGCAUGUCUGAAUCGAAACGAGAAAGUUUGCCUCCAAGGCACGAGUCUUUCCAAGACUCAGGGUGCUUCCACUCCAGAUGAAGUAGAACGCAUGAGAAAUGUUCCUUAUGUGUCGGCCAUUGGAUCCAUCAUGUAUGCGAUGGUAUGUAGGAGACCUGAUGUCGCCUUUGCUCUGAGUGUCACGAGUAGAUACAAGUCCAACACUGGCGAAAGCCAUUGGACGGCUGUGAAGAACAUCCUUAAGUACAUUCGUAGGACUAAGGAUGCCUUCCUGUCUUCUGCAAUUCGGAGUCUAGUCGGUAUGGCAACUGAGAAGAGAGCAGCGACGGAGAAAGAGGGGGCGGAUACCAAUUUCACCCCGCUGACCUCGACAGAUGAAACAGGAGUCCAACAGCUGUUCCUGAAGAGAUGUAAGAAGAAGGUGCUUAAAUCACAAGAUAGCACUCCACGAAGGAGGAGUGGAAGGUUGAUGAACGUUAUGUUCAGAACGAAAACCAAGCUGCAUGGGGGGCCGGAGCAAAUUGAUCUCGUUGGUGACGAAUCAGCACAAACUGGGAAGUCUAUUGAAGGUGAGGGCAUUAGUGAAGACGAAGACAAAGAAAUGGGAGAAGUUCAACUGAAUGCUCGGGUGGAUGUUGUGAGAAAUAGGGCAUCCCCAACGGAGAAGUUAACGGAUGGCGAGGAAGAAAACAGUGAUGAUGAGGUUGCAAAUGAUGAUGAUGGAGAAGAAAGAGAUGAGGACGAGGCAGAUAUUGAUGGUGAAGAAGGCAGCGAUGAUGAUGGUUCAGAGAGUGAUGGUGCACAGAGCAGUGGUGAUCAGGAAUCGGAAGAGUACGAAUGGGAUGACAAUGAGAAUGAUGAUGACACGUCUGGUGGGCAGGGUGAAGAUAGUAGAGUUCGGGGUGGAUCAGUGAAGGGAAAGACACCGAGAGCAGAUUGCAUGAGUGUUGAGCGGUCAAGUAGAAGAACAAUUAAGACUAUGGAGAAGGGAAAGGAGCGAUUACAGCGUGCUGAGGUUGAAAGAAUUGGGUUUAGAUCAGUUUUAAGGCUUGAUAUUUGGGAGUUGCCAUCAAGAUUGGGUCUUUGGGUUGUAAGUAACUAUGAUGCGAGGAGCAGCUGCUUAAAACUUCCGGACAGUACAAAGAUGCACAUAACUGCCAAAGAUGUUAAUACCGUAUUGGGCUGGCCGGUGGGGGGAGAGCGGGUUCAGAAUAACAAGCGCAACAAGGGCAAGUCAUUGUUGAAUGAGUGGAGACUUAAAUUUGAUACGACGGGUAUUAAGAUCACUCCGAAUGAUGUUGUAGAGAAGAUGUUGGAGUGCACAGAGGGAGGAGAGUGGUUUGUGAGGCAUUUUGUAACACUAAUUGUGUCGGUGCUUGUGGAUAGCACAUCACACGGUUAUGUGAAUGCAUUGGUGAUGGACAAUUUGAGAGAUGUUGGAAGAGUUCCAAGGCUGGAUUGGUGUCAAUAUGUCCUUGACAAGCUCAUAGAGAACAAGUUGAAGUGGGAGAAAAACAAGAAGCAGUUAUUCAGUGGUCCACUGCUGUUUAUACUGGUUUUCUACGUAGAUCGUGUGUCUGAUUUUUCAAGGACGGUUCCUAGGACAUAUCCAGCUGUGUUGGCCUGGAGUGGAAAGGAACUAAGGAAAAGAGAGAACAGUGAAGUUAUUGAGGGGGGUUUUGGUUUACGUCAUGACGAUGGGCGAAUGAGUCGUGAGGCGCGCAUUGAGCUGAACGGAGAUAUAAAUGAGAGAGAACAGGACGCUGCCCGGGAUAGAGAUGAGACUGAACAAGAGAACUUGGUCGUUGAAGAUUCAGAGGAGGUGCUUGUAAGGAAAAUUGCAGACAAAAGCAAGAUCCUGGCAAGCACAACUAUUGAUCUGCUGAACAUGAUUCAGCAUGCACCAAAGUCGAUGGAAACUAAUUUGAUGUUUCGUAAGAUGCGUAAUGUGUGCCAUAAAGUAAUUGGCAUAAAUGUUGCAAAGAAAGCUAAUAUUGAACAAGAUGUUGAGAAUAAUGAAAGAGACAUGUCGGAGGAUUCAGAUUUCUGGAGCAGUCCAGACCUUUGGGCAGCAGUUGAUGAAGCAGAAAAGGCAGCUGAGGUGCGAAAGAAGUAUGAGGAAUUCAUUAACGAUGUGCCUUCUUUCUGUCUGGGGAUGACACAGGCUUUGGAAGAAGACGUGGAGAGCAAUCGUGAGAAUGCAAAGAGCAGUGAAGGGAAUGAAGUGAAUGAUGUGAAUCAAGUGGUGACGCCAGCGAACAGAACUCCUAUUGAUCCUCAGCACACCCCAAACAUGGAUGUCACAGCCUUGGAGUUUGGGAGUGUGGGGUCUGUGAGGGGAGAGGAAAUGCAUCACAACAAAGAUAUGGAGCAGAAUGAAACUGUGAUUGGUGUAGAGGGUGAUGAAGUUUGUCAUGACCUGGGUGUGAACCUCCAGCCCGGUUUUUUUGCAAAAACAAUUAACUGUAUGUUUAUGAGUGAGAGGGAGGUGGAGAAAGAUGUGGAUGCUUAUAAAGUUGUUUCUGAUGCUCUGGAUUAUGGGUGGAGCUUAACCAAUCCAUGCGAUGCUGAUAUGAUAAUUUUUCCAGUAAUGCAACAUCGUUGGUGUUAUUGCGUAUGUGUGAACCUGAAAGUGAAUAGGGUUGAUAUCCUUGACAGCUCAUCGGCUGGUGUGGCAAAGAUUGAUAAGUAUGAUGAAAUGCCAAACGUUGUGCGAAUCAUGGUUGUUAAGUAUUUUGAAAAUAAAGGUAUGGAUGGCCGGGUGGAAAAGGUGAAGGCACAGCAGCCAAAACGAUUACAACUGCCGUGGAGGGAUUCGACUGCCGUAUUUGAUUAUGGUGUGAUCACAAUGCGCCAUAUGGAGACGUACACGAGGCAUACAUUGAAGCGGUGGGACUGUGGUUUGAAAAAGGGGGACGGAAAGGCGGUGAAUGCACUUAGGACAAAUUACUGUGCUGCAAUAGUCGAAUCAGAUGUGAACGGGGUUUCGGGUGUUGUUGUGUGGCGGUACGUUGUAUGCAACCGCGAAGGUCAUAAGCAUUUUGCAUCAACCUGCAACAAACCCACUCACGACGAUGGAGACUUGCCCAAGGCAAAACAGAAGAGACGCAUUUCCAAUCGUGUUGAUUGCAAGGUGCGUGUAGCGUUUAGGCUCACGGGUGGUGUAGGCUACUCCAUAUCAUCAUUCAUUGCAAGUCAUAACCAUCUCAUGAUGUCCCUUCAAUCUAGGCCCUUUUUGAAAAUCAACAGAAAUCUAGAAAUUGGCCACAAGAAGUUUAUGUUGAAUUGUGCAAAGGCGAACAUUGGCCCUAUGAAGUCCUACCGAUUGUUUAAGGAAUCAGUUGGUGGCUUUAAUAAUGUGGGCGCUGAUGCUCAAAUGCUCAUUGACAAACUAUUCAGAAAGAAACAAACAUGCUCUGCAUUCCAUUUUGACUAUGAUGUUGAUGAGAGUGACCAGCUAACUAGGGUAUUCUGGUGCGAUCCUAUUGCUAAGAAGAACUAUGAAAUGUUUGGAGAUGUCAUUUCAUUUGAUGCAACCUUCAACACAAAUAGGUACAAAAUGGUUUUUACACCAUUUACUGGUGUAGAUAAUCACCGCAGAUGUGUAACCUUUGCAGUUGGUCUACUGCGCAGAGAAGAUGUUCCUUCGUACAGAUGGUUGUUUAACCACUUUCUUGAUGCAAUGGGUCAUGCACCACAAUGCAUAAUCACGGACCAAGACGCUUCUAUGACUAUUGCUAUUCCAGAGGUUUUCCCAAACACAGUCCAUCGUCUCUCUAUGUGGCAUAUUACCAACAAAAUUAUGUCCAAAGUUGACAAUGAACUUGCAAAAGAUCAGGACUUUUUGACAAGGUUAAACUCUGUAAUAUGGAGUCAUUACCUCGAGCCUGAAGACUGGGAAAAACAAUGGCAUGAGGUAUUAGUUGAUUAUGAGCUGGAUUCUGAUUCAUGGUUUUGCAAUCUUUUUGCUAUUCGUAAAAGCUGGAUCCCCGCAUACUUUAGGGAUUUGUUCAUGAUUGGUUUACUACGCACAACAUCACGUUCUGAGAGCGAGAAUAGCUUUUUUGGUGAUUUCAAAAAUACCUUCUUCACUCUUGUCGAGUUCUAUAUGCAAUUUGAAAGUGCUAUGGACUCCCAACGACAUAAAACUGCAGACUUGGAUGCAGAUUCAGAAGCAUGCGCCCUUGUUUAUAAAACACCGCUUGCAAUUGAGAAACAUGCAGCAUCCAUCUACACUCUGAGCAUCUUCUACGAAGUACAAACAGAGAUAUGUGCAUCAUGCUUCUCGUGCGGCGUGCUACAGCGCAUUGGUCUGCUGUGCCGUCACAUAUUCUUGGUGUUCAAGGGACUGAGAAUCAAACUGAUCCCAGAACGUUAUAUUACCAAUAGAUGGUGCGAAAUACCACUCCUGAAGCCACUGAUCGAUGUUUCUGGCCUGGACUUUAUCUUGGAAUCAUCCGUUGACGAAGACAAAUUAAUGCUCAACCGCCUAUGGAUGCAGGUACUGGAGAACCUAACCUCUUUGAAAAUUACUGUGGUGUUCCCGCUCCAUCAGUGAUUAAAGUGCUUCCACCUCAACCAGCUCACAACAAGGGUAGUGGUAAGCGCAUCAAGAGUGCUAAAGAGCUCCAUAUUGAACAAAGCAAGAAGAACAAACGCUGUGUCGAACU